AUGGACAAACCCGCCCUUUCCGGCCUGCGCCAUCGUCUACGAACCCGAGCUCUUCUUCAAAGCCGUAGCUUGAGUUUAAGAACCGCUUCAAAGCUGUCGAAUUCAAAUGUUCGUGCUGCACAAAACAUACGUUCAUACUCUACUCCCGCAAACAUCUCACCCUGCGCUCUCCCACGAAUCCGUGCUCCUCACCCCUCGUCCGCACCACUUUCCAUCCUCAGAUUCUAUAGCAGCAAGUCCUCAUCUACAAUCACAGGUACCAUCGGUGCAGGUGCGGACGGCGUCGCCGAAGAGGUCAAUCGCGCAGCAGAUAUACUUGUAGCGCCAGACCAUCUCGACGAGGCAGAGAAGAAGAUAUGGGAUUUACUGUAUAGCGAACUUAGCCCAACGAAACUGCAGGUGCAGGAUAUAAGUGGUGGAUGUGGAAGUAUGUACGGGAUUGAGAUUGUUAGUGAGAAGUUUAGGGGAUUGAACAUGUUGAAACAACAAAGAUUGGUAAAUAAAGUUUUAGGAGAGGAAAUUAAGACGUGGCAUGGGGUACAAUUGAGGACGAGCGUGCCUGAAUGA